AUGCUUAUUUACAAAAAAUAAAAAAAUCUCUAUCAUUUUGAUUCAUUUCAGUUCACUCACUGUUCUCUCCCUCAUCGAUCAGAACACCGGCCCCAACGAUCCAACCGAUAAUGGCUUCUCACACCAACCUCGACGACGAUCAGCUUCUGGUGGAGCGUAAAUUAUCUGCUAGGGUUUUGACACUCAACAGGCCAAAGCAGUUGAAUGCCCUCUCUUAUUAUAUGGUAUCUCGGCUACUUGAAAGUUUUCAAGGCGAUGAGGGGAAUUCUGAUAUUAAAUUGAUUGUUGUGAAGGGAAAUGGAAGGGCAUUUUGUGCUGGUGGUGAUGUUGCAGCGGUUGUUCGUGCUGCGAGAGAUGGUGAUUGGAGGUAUGGUGCAAAAUUUUUUGGUAAUGAAUAUAAAAUGAAUUACUUGAUGGCAACAUAUAGUAAACCUCAGGUUUCAAUUCUCAAUGGAAUUGUCAUGGGAGGUGGUGCUGGUGUUUCUAUACAUGGAAGAUUUCGAGUUGUUACAGAGAAUACAGUCUUUGCUAUGCCAGAAACAGCUUUGGGUUUAUUUCCUGAUGUAGGUGCUGCAUAUUUCUUGUCUAGACUGGCUGGAUUUUUUGGUGAAUAUGUUGGUCUUACAGGAGCUAGGUUGGAUGGUGCUGAAAUGCUUGCUUGUGGUCUUGCAACACAUUUUGUCCCUUCACCGAAAUUGUCUCUAUUAGAAGAAUCAUUAUGUAAGGUGGGAACUAGCGAUCCAACUGCAGUAUCGGCAAUUAUCAAUACGUACUCGGAGCAGCCAUUCUUGAAAGAGGAUAGUGUUUUUAACAGGAUGAAUGCCAUCAAUAAGUUUUUCUCAAGAAAAACAGUCGAGGAAAUAUUAUCUUCUCUUGAGAUGGAAGCUGAGAGUAAGACUGACAAUUGGAUUUCUGCAACACUUCAAACCUUAAAGAAAGCAUCACCAACAAGCCUUAAAAUCUUUCUUAGAUUGAUUAGAGAAUGCAGACUCCUAGGAGUUGGUCAAUGUCUUGUUUAUGAGUAUAGAAUUGUUUGUCAUAUUCUAAAAGGACACUACAGCAAGGAUUUCUUUGAGGGUUGUAGAGCUAUACUGAUAGAUAAGGACAGGAACCCAAAGUGGGAGCCUUCCAAAUUGGAGCUUGUAAGUGAUCGUGAUGUUGAUCGUUACUUCUCUAAGCUUGAUGUUAAAGGAUGGGAAGAUUUGGAGCUUCCUAAAAGGUUCAACAAUCUUCCUGCCUAUGCUAUUUCAAAGCUUUAAGGCAUCAACAAUUCCUCUCAGCAGAAUGAAGUAUAGAAGCCAAUGAUCAAGCUUUCAAAAACAUUUCAAUGAUUUAUAUAGCAGUUUAUGGUUGCCAUUGUACUUGGUGGCAAAUGUGAUGAUGAAGAUUAUUGAGCAAGAGAUGAUGUGAUCCAUACGAAGCAAGCUUGGUCAAGGGAUGAUGUGAAUCUGUUUUUACAUAUUCGAAACUCCAUUAAUACUAGUUGAUUGGUCUAACCAGUAACCAAUCAAUAUGAGGUGUGCAAAGCCUUUUUACUGUACACCAAAGCAGGAAAGGUCUCUCGCAGCUUAUUCUAUAGAUUUUUAAAGGGUUUAUGAAGAACUGAAUGAGUUGUUACCUCGUAAUUCUGAUGUGAAGGUACAAAAUGCUAAGCACGAGAAAAUGGCUAUUAUGAGUUUUCUA